ACGUAAACAAAGCCGGUUGAAUAUGGAGGACCAGGGCGGUUCUGGACAAAAUGAAGAUGAAAAGCAAAAAGAAAGCGACUCCACCGAAAAGCAGACUGACGCGGCGGCCACAGAAGACGAGCCUGGCAGUAAAGCGGCGGAGGAGACAGCUGCUCGGUACAACCGGCUGAAGCUGUUCGAUAAAGUGAUUCAGAAGAGCCUGAACAAGUUCAUAGAGCAUGCCAGUUUUAAGGUUUUUGCCAGCACUUUUCGCCCACUGUACAAGAAGAACGUUAAGAGGAUGGAGGAAAUUCAUAAGCAUUUUACAGAAAUGCUGCAGAAAUCCAUACAGGAGGACAUCAUGAAACUAAUGGAGGAAGGCAAGUUUGAGUCCAAAUUUAAUGAACUGGACAAGCUGGAAAACAAAGCCAAGGACAAUCCAGACCCAGCAUGGCGGCCCAGUGGAGAUCCUGAGCAGGACAUCUGCAGCUUUUUGAUGCCAUACUAUCAGAAGCAAGAGGCCUACAUGAAGCUGGAGCUGAAACGGAUUAAAGCAGAGAACGCUGCGCUGGCAGAGAGGGUUCGGGCGGGGAGAGAAGGCAUUGUUCAAACCGAGCAUCGGAUUUCUACAGGUGUAGAUGAGUGGAAGGCCACAGUGAGUGAAUUUGAAAGAUUGGCUUCAUCCCUUUGCCCUUCUCAUGUAUUUGAUGAAUGACUAUUGUUAUUUUUUUAACAUGGUGAACUAUUUAAAUGCACAUAUGUUAUUUACUCUACCAACCAGUUUGAAAAUAAAUGAAAUUAUAUAAGUCAGUA